GGCAGAAUAAAAGACUUGGUACAACUUUUGAUGUUACCACUGACCUCAUUGAUACAGUGUUCACUUCAUUACCUUAGUACUAAUUUUGUGAAGACACAGCAAAAAAGAUUUAGAAGUAUUCAGCUAGUUUUAUAACCAGAAUGUCUAACUUCAGAAAAGUUAGCAGUUCAACUGGACCUAAGAAGAGAAGUGGAGGAAAGCAAGAAUUAACAGAAGAGCAGAAGCAAGAUAUUAAGGAAGCUUUCAAUCUCUUUGAUCCAGAAAAUACAGGAACUAUUGAUACAAAAGAGCUAAAGUUUGCCUUGAGGGCACUAGGAUUUGAACCAAAAAAAGAAGAAAUUAAGAAGAUGAUUGCAGAAGUUGAUAAAGAAGGCAGUGGUAAAAUUGCCUUUGAUGACUUUCUUAAUGUAAUGUCUACACGAAUGGCUGAGAAAGAUAUCAAUGAAGAAAUAAUGAAAGCCUUUCAACUGUUUGAUGAUGAUAAUACUGGGAAGAUUUCUUUCAAGAAUUUGAAACGAGUAGCGAAAGAACUAGGAGAAAAUCUUACGGAUGAAGAGCUCCAGGAGAUGAUAGAAGAAGCCGAUAGAGAUGGGGAUGGAGAAGUCAACCAAGAAGAGUUUCUGCGCAUCAUGAAGAAAACAUGUUUGUAUUAGAAUACAUUCGGCUAUUUCAUAAUUCCAAACAGUUUUCAAAUAAUAAGUAUGGAGCUAUUGCUACUCCCCUUUUGUAAUUUUGAAAACAUUAUUGUGGUGUUGUAUAUAUAUACACAUAUACUGCAUUUCAUGUGUUGCUCAUGUUUAAUUGUAUUUAUUGCUAUUGUUAAAGAGUUUUUUGUUUUUUUCUGUUUAUAAAUACUUGAACUUGUAAGAUCAAAUUCAGGUUUUCGAAAAUGAAAAUUAUAGUUAUUUUAUUGAAAGUUAAAAAUUAAAAAUGUCAAGCUUUGCAUAUAUUUUUUGCAUGUGGUACCUUUUAGAAUUUCUAAAAAAAAGGAAAAUCAUUUCAAACUGAAAUUAAAGCUCCAGUUACAUUUAUGUUAUAUUUAUAUAUGAGAUUGUAAAGUAUCUGAAUUUACUUGUGUGGUACAUUAAAUUCAUCAUAUGAAAGCAGUGUAUUUAAAACUUAGGUUUUUUAUGUGUUUUUUUUUCUAAUAUUUUUCAUUUUAAUAUGUGAAAUUGAUUUGUUCAUUCCAUGUAUUACCAUUGUAUUUAUGAAAUAUUGAUGAAUAAAUGAUCCAUUUGAUAGUAAAGAGAUUUUAGAGAUGUUAACAGACACCUAAUAUUAACCACUUUGAGCCACUUUUCCAUUCCAGCAAGUGUAACACAUAUAGAGUUCUAUUUUAUAUGUAUAAAUGAUAUGUUCCCUCUCUCUCUGUUUGCUGCAAUGUUUGGACUGUUUGGGAGUAGAGAUUCAUUUUUUUUCUAUAAACUUUGUAAUUUACGAUGAUUUAUAUCAGGGUGAAUAAUAAACAUUUGAGCAGUAAAUCUCCAGAAUUUCAUCAUAGCAAUUACAUAGUAUUAUUCAGAGUGAUUGGAUGACAGAAUGCAAAACUACUGUAUGGUAAGAUCGUCACCAAGAUGUAAGUGCCAGGCCAUGCAUAGUUAAAGCUAAACCAAAAACGGUAAAGGCUUACAGGAGAAAUGCAGCAUAACUCCACUGGCAGGAUAUAAACCUCCUCUAGUAAGAUGAAAGCAGUAACAAUGGAAGGUGUUCAUCAACGUUUAGAGGGAACGAAACUGCCGGAUAACAAAGGACCGUAUAGUGUAUCUAUGAAAAGCAAAAGGAGUAGAAAGAGGUACUUGUAUAAGAUGUAGUCUUUACAAUUAAAAGCUACUACAACAGGUAUAAAGAUCUUGAGAAUCCUGGCCCUUGGCGUCUCAGUAAUGAGUAGCUUUGUAUUUAAUAACAAACAAAUCCUUUGAUUUUUUGCUACAGUUGAUACUGCUGAGUUAACUUCAGCAAAACAUUUUGUAUACAACGUUUUUCCAAUAAACCCAGUGUUAUAUGCUAUUUAAAAUUGAGUUAAAUAUUUUAAUCAGUUUUGAAUGUGUAGAAACUGUAGUUGUUAAACAUUAUGGUCAAUAUCAUUUA